AUGGUCGAUAACUACCAGCACCAGAACCAGCAGCAGCAGCAGCCGCCGGGCGCGGUGCGGCUGUACCACGAGCGGCAGGACGCGGCGCUGUGCGGCGUGCACUGUCUCAACGCGCUGCUGCAGGCGCCGCUCUUCGACGCCGCCGACCUCGCCGCCAUCGCCGAGGGACUCGACAGACGCGAGCGCGCCGUCAUGGCGGAGGGCGGCGCGGACGCCGGCGCGGGGGACGGGGGGAGCGCGGAGGGCCCGGAAGGCGGGGAUGGCGGGGAGUCGGAGAACGCGGCGGCGGAUGGGGAUUUCAGCAUUCAGGUGCUAUCAGAGGCGCUGGCGGUGUGGGGUUUGGCGCUCACGCCCCUGGACGCCGCCAACAGCGCCGCACAGGCCGCGCAGGCCAACCCGCACGCCCAGACCGCCUUCCUGUGCCACCUGCACAGGCACUGGUUUGCGCUGAGGAGGGUGGGAGAGCACUGGUUCAACUUCAACAGCCUGCUCGCCGCGCCACAACACCUCUCCGAGUUCUACCUGGCAGCGUACCUCUCCUCGCUGCGCGCCGAGGGCUGGACCAUCUUUGUCGUCACAGGUGCCUUCCCCCCCGCGCCCCCGCCUGCGUCCUCCUCGUCCGCUGCUUGUGGGCGCUGGGUGACGGCUGCCCAGGCCCGUGAUGAGCUGGCAGCAGCUGCUGUGGCGAAGCAGUGGGAGGAGCAGGAGGUUCGGGCGGAGCAGCAGAGAGAGAUGCUGGGGGGGAUGGGGGGGAUGGGAGGGAUGGGAAGGAUGGGAGGGAUGUUUGGAGUUAGGGGGGGUGGUGGUGGUGGAUUGGGAGGGGAUGCUUGGGGGGUGCAUGGAGGAGAAGGGGAGGGGGUGGGAGGGGAGGAUGCAGAGUUGGCUCGGGCGCUUGCUGCUAGUCUUGCUGCUGCUGGGAGUGAGGCGCUGGGGGGGGCAGCGAGCAGAGCAGGUGUGGCUUCUGGGGAAGCAGGAACAGCAGCAGCAGCACGAGCAGCAGAAGCACGAGCAGCAGCAGAAGCACGAGCAGCAGCAGGAGCAGCAGCAGAAGCACGAGCAGCAGCAGCAGCAGCAGCAGCAGCAGCAGCAGCAGCAGCAGCAGCAGCAGCAGCAGCAGCAGCAGCAGCAGCAGCAGCAGCAGCAGCAGCAGCAGCAGCAGCAGCAGCAGGAGCAGGAGCAGCAGCAGGAGCAGGAGCAGGAGCAGCAGCAGCAGCAGAAGCAGACGCAGGAGCAGGAGCAGAACCGGUGGCGGUUAGGGGUGCAGGAGCGAGUGCAGAGGGUGGAGGGCGUUGGUGGUCGGAGUCAGAGAGGCAGUAUGAGGAUGACUUGGCUCGUGCUAUCGCUGCCAGCAUGGCGGAUGGUGCACAGGCUGCGGGCAGUCAGGGGGGUGCUGCUGCCACUGGUGCUGGUGGCCCCACAUGA